GCUGGGUCUCGCGAGACUUGGCGCUAUAUAAGCCCACACGUGGGGGUACUGCCUCUUUCUCGCGCCGUGGAGCCGCCAUGGAUACCAGCCGCGUGCAGCCCAUCAAGCUGGCCAGGGUCACUAAGGUGCUGGGCCGGACCGGUUCCCAGGGCCAGUGCACGCAGGUGCGUGUGGAGUUCAUGGACGAUACGAGCCGCUCCAUCAUCCGCAACGUGAAGGGGCCGGUGCGCGAAGGCGACGUUCUCACGCUGCUCGAGUCGGAGCGGGAGGCCCGGCGGCUGCGCUGAGUUCCCGCGCCCCUAAACCAGCGCCGGCCCCACUCUGUAGGGGAUGAAGCCCUACGGCCUUGGCUCGGAGCGGCCGGGUGGCACCGGCCGGGCCACACGCGGGUCAUGGGUGGAGAGGAGCCUGCUGCUUGCCUAACUGCAAUAAAGGGUUUUUCCAAUA